AUGGAUUUUCUUUCCCAGAAAUACUUAUUUACCGAUGGAGGUGCUGUAAACAGCUUGUUUGCAGCACCAACCAAUCACAACCGUCCAAAAGUUCCUUUUGAAGUAACUGAAUACAAAGGCAACAUGAAAACUGCACCAGAAUGGUUUGGCGAUAGAUCACUUCUAGAUGCUGUACUAAAAAUUCUAGGCAGGAGAGCACGCAGCACAAACCUCAAGAAAUCAACGUUUAGAAGGAUUCUUGGACAUGUUAGGAAAACUUCUGGUGGAAAAGUUGGCAUUUAUGGAGUCGAUGGAAUUGGCAAGACUACCGUGCUGAAAGCAUUGAUCGGCUGUCCAGAAAUAAAAAGCUCGUUUGAUACUGUCAUCUAUGUAAGUAUCUCUAGGUAUUGGAGCAGAAGAAAGUUACUGAAUGAUAUCGCACGACAAUUGUCACUAGAUUUGUUGAACUCUGAAACUGACGAUGAAGUUGCAGAAAAGUUGCUUGAAUCUUUGCAAAGCAGAAAAUUUCUAUUGCUUUUGGAUGAUGUUUUCGAGUACAUUGAUUUGGAGGCUGUUGGGGUUCCUUCUAAGGAUAUGAAAACUGGUUCCAAGAUAGUAUUGGCAGCUCAAGAAGUGGAUGUUUGUAGUAUUAUGGGAGUAAGCAAGGCUAUCAAAAUAGCAAAUCUCUCAUCCGAAGAAGCUUGGGCGUUAUUUCGUGAUCAAGUGGGUGGAGUUGUUGAUUCCACAAAUAUACAGCCCAUUGCUCAAGCUAUAGUCAAUGAGUGCCACGGUAUACCACUCAAUCUCAUUGCAACCGGAAAAGCCUUGAGAAAUGUGAACAAUGCUAUAAUCUGGAAGCUUACAUUACACGAUUUUCAGUCUAUUGGUGGAAACGACAGUGAAAAUACAUUACGGCUGUUGAAAUUUUCUUACGACCGCUUGAAUGGACCAGUUACUAAGAGCUGCUUCCUCUUUUCUGCAUUGUAUCAAGAAGGCCAUGAAAUUAAGGUUUCCGAAUUGAUACAGCAUUGGAUCCAAGAGAGGCUGAUUACCGGACACUUAGCAGAUGUGAAUAAGAAGGGGCAAAAGAUUGUUAAAGAUCUUGUGGGUGCUUCUUUAUUGGAGUCCUCUUCCGAUGGAGUUUUUGUCAAGAUGCAUCAAGUGAUUAGGGACCUUGCAUUGUCAAUUAUCUCAACAAAACCUGAAAAUUUUCAGUUCUUGGCGAAAACCUGUCUGAGGGCAACAAGUGAAGGAAACGAGCAAGUGUUAAUGAGGCAAGGUAUAGUCUUGUCAAGAUCUUUUGCGGGGUUAAAAGAGGCACCGGAAGAGAAAGAAUGGAAAGGAAUUGAAAUGGUUUUCUUGAUGGGGAAUUGUAUUUCUCGGUUGCCCGAAAACUGA